AGUUAAGUACCACUUAGCUCUCCUCUCUCUUUCUCUCUCUAUAAUCUCUCUCUCAACCUCCACUAUUGUAACGAAUGCGGUUUUCUGGCAUUGACUCGUGGCGGAGCUGAUCUUUUAUGUUGUUUCCAAACAAGGAAUACUAUGUACAGAUCGGAAGGUCAAAAGAGUGUAGAAAUUCAGUUACAAGCAGUUGAUGGGGUGAUUUAUCUCACAAAUAAGGGGUAAUUGGUUGGACACAUCCAGUGGAUGAUGGAGCAGGGGAGGGGAUCUUCAAUGCCCUGGGAGAAGGGAGUUACACAGAAUGGAAAUUUAUGGAUUCCAUCUACACCUGGCAAACCACUUUUGCAGAGUUCUAAUAAUGCGCGGUCUGAUGUGCAACAGAGUCAGAUUGGGCAACAAAAUUGGGAUGUGUAUGAAGAUGUUUAUCGGAAUAAGCAACUUCAUAGUUUUGAUCUAAACAGAAGUGAAGGUCCAAGCUACACGGAGCAUAACCAUGACACCUGGAUUAUGGGUCAGGGGAGGGGAUCUUCAGCACCCAGGGAGAAGGGAGUUACACAGAAUGGAAAUAUAUGGAUUCCAUUGACACCUGAAAAACUGGUUCUGCAGAGUUCUAAUAAUGCCUCGUCUGAAAUACAACAGAAUCAGAUUGGGCGGCAAAAUUGGCACAAUUUGGUUGAUGUGUAUGAAGAUUUUUUGCGGAAUAAGCAACCUCAUAGUUUUGAUCUAAACAGAAUUGAAAGUCCAAGCUACACGGAGCAUAACCACAAAGGUGUCCCUCCAGCUGAAAACUAUAGCAGGCUGCAGCCGAAUUUGCCUGCAACUGGGAAUUUGGGGUUGAAUGGCAAGGUGCAGACUAGUCAAGCUGUUGCUUCUGUUGAAGCCUAUAAUAGCUUUCCAUUGAACUCUGACCGAAAUGGCUGCACAGGGGUGGAUGACUUGCAGCUCAAUAACCAAAAUAUUAGCAUUUUACAGAAGCUCAGAUGCUUGAAUCACAAUGCAGGAAGAAUUGGCUCUUAUGUGCAGAAUUCAGGUGAAGUUGUUUCCAAUCAGGAGGUUAGUUCAUUUGCAGACUUAAUGUGCAUCGUGAAUGCUAAGCGUUCCCCUCCAUCAAAUGGAUCACCGUACAGAAGCUCUUUUUUGGAGGGCAAGCCUGCCGUCCCUAGUCCAGUUUCUAAAGUUGAAAGCAAUCACCCUUACGCAUCACUUGGUGUCAGAGCACAGAAAAAUCACAUUUUGCAGGGGAGCAAUCAGGUGGGUUGCACAUCAGUUGGUGUGAGAGCCCAGCAAAAUCACAUUUUGCAUGAAAGCAAUCACGUGGCUUAUGCAACGGUUGGUGCUGGAUUCCCGCAGAGUCACAUUUAUUAUGAAAACCAUGACGGUGGUGGUUACAACCAACAAGAGAUUCUGAACAGUAGACCUUUAGUGGCCAAAUCAGCCCUAAAUUUGACACCAAGAUCAGAAGCUAGGGAAUCCUCAAGUGGUUCAAGGUCCUUCCCAGUAGGGCCGGUAACACCAGCCCAACAAAAGCAGUUCAAGACUCACCAGAUCAUUCAAGUGCCACAGUUGUUGAUAGAAAACACAUCAACCCCAGAAAACUGUAUCCUUGGAAGUGUUGUCUUAUCUUCAGCACCUGAAAUUAUUGAGAAAGAGCAUGGUGACAUUUUAGAUAAAUCUAUGGGUAUAUCAACUGCGGCAAUUUCAACAUCUCCCCAGGAAAUGAAAUGUUCUGAUGGUGGUAAUGGAGGAAUUGAUCUGAACAAGACACCACAGCAGAAAACUCCCAAAAGAACAAAACACCGACCCAAGGUAGUGGUUGAAGGGAAACCCAAACGAUCACCAAAGCCUGCUUCUACAAAAAGCAACACUGCUGAUGGAACUCUUCCAGCAAAAAGGAAGUAUGUGUGGAAAGAUGGCACCAAAAACUCAACUCCUCCAAUGACUGAUACACUAAAAGUAGUUGAAGCAUCUGAUAUGAGGCCUGCGACGAAGUCAUGCAAGAGAAAAUUAAACUUUAACAUGGAGACUGUGGAAGCCAAUAGAGCAGAAGAGGAAGGCCAGGGUAGUCGACUUGACCACCAGGAGCAGAAUAAUGAACGGCAUAAGCUUCGCAUGGAUUCAAGUGGACCGUCAACAUCUGCAGCUAAGGCAGGUCACCACAACACAUUUGAUAGAGAGGGACAACAGACACCGACUCCCUACAAUUAUGUUCACUCAAUAAAUAAAAUACCUUAUCCAGAAUCAACCCCUCUGGAAUCUGCAGCAGCACCACCUACUUCUAGAGACCAUAGCUUGAAUGUCAUUGCAAGAAGUUUCAAUAAACGAAAUUCCAGCAUAUGCCAAUCCAGAAGCGUUAGUAAGUACAAUCAAGUGCAUCAUCAAAGCAGUGGAAGCCGUGCCCAUGUUGUCUUUCAAGAAAAUUCCGGUGAGCAAAAUUUGGGCUUUGGAGCACAAUCAUCUGUGCAGACUACGCCUCAAGUUUUGGAGGAUUUGAUAGAUGUAACUGAUAAUCAAGGAACCAAGAGAGCAUAUAAACAUACUGUGAUUGGAAGUCCGCAAAAUAUGGCAUUCAUAGGUUCCCAACUCCAGUCUCAAGGAAUACCUGAACGGAAAACUGGUUCAGAAACACGCCAUAAAAAGCACGCUGAGGCUAAAUUUAGUGGAAGGUCACUCAGUAGGCAAUCUGGCUUUACAAUUGUUGAAAAAAUUAUGCAAGAAAUUGAAAGCAGAAGGAAUCAGAGUUUCCUGGCACAAAUGUCAACAGAGCCCCAGAAUGAUGAAUCAAGAAAUUCUGAUUGUAGAAGUCAGGCGAUUAACUUUAAUUCAAAUGAUAAUUCCACCAAUGUCAUUUGUGAUCGCUACACGAACUACGCCGAUAUUAGGCAUAAGUUUCAGCAACAGCAUGCUUUAUCUCAAGAGCAUCUAUAUUCAGAAAGUAUGCUACCAAAGACAUCCCCCAACUUUGCUGAUACGCAAAUCACCAAAUCCGUCGCUGCAGGGAUAAAGAGGAAGGAGUCAGCUGCGAUAAAUGGAAACAUAAAUUAUCCUCUUGGUGUUGUAGUCAAGAAACGGACUGCUGGACAACCAACAUAUAAGAAGAAUCCCCUUGUGGACAAAGUUGCACCACCAAGAUAUAAAGGGAACACAGUAGACAUAUAUUCCACCGUGGAUGAUAUAACCAAUGGCAUGGAGCAUCUUCACAUCACUAACAGUGGCAAAGAAUUAGUUUGGAAAGAGCAAAGUGCACUUGUUCCAUACAAAGGAGAUGGUGCUGUUGUUCCAUAUGGUCUUGUCAAAAAGAGGAAACCAAGGCCUAGAGUGGACCUUGAUCCAGAGACAAAUAGGCUGUGGAACCUUUUAAUGGGUAAGGAAGGAGGUGAAAGUCCAGAAACAAUAGACACAAAUAGAGAAAAAUGGUGGGAAGAAGAAAGAAAAGUAUUCCGAGGUCGAGUGGGCUCAUUUAUUGCACGAAUGCAUCAAGUCCAAGGGGACAGGCGAUUCUCCAAGUGGAAAGGGUCUGUGGUUGAUUCAGUGAUAGGAGUAUUUCUCACACAAAAUGUCUCAGAUCAUCUUUCAAGCUCUGCUUUUAUGUGUCUUGCAGCCAAAUUCCCUUUAAAAUCAACAACUGCUAGAGAACCAUACUGUGAAAAUGGUGGAAGUCCAGCAGUUGGAAAGCAUGAGGUUCGCAUAACAUAUCCAGAUGGCACAACUUAUCAUCAAAAAAUGGCAAUGGAACCAGUGUCUGGACAUAGUCAAGUGACAUCAACUGAAACAUCCACAUACAGAACGGACAGUGUUAUGCAGAAAAAAGGACUUCUCUAGGUUAACGAUCACUAUACCAGGAGAACAGAGGAAGAUAUCAUUUCAUCACAAAGUUCCUCAGAAUCUUUUGUUUUUCAAGCCACAGAAGAUGUUAGAUCCAGCUCUGCCUCAAAUUCAGACGCCGAAUGUGGGUGCAAUAUCAGCAAAAAUGUUGGGCAUCAAAGUGUUUCCCAACAGGCUGAAAGAAUUGCUGCAUUGCAGCAAAAUAAGUUCCACCUCCAAGAUAGUGUUUAUAUAGAUAAGAUACGUGUGAUUGAUAAUCAACAAUUUGAAAAACCAGCAAACACGCAAAGUCGAGGGUGGGCUGGAUCUCUAAAGCCCAACAGCAUAAGAGCUCUCAUCCUCCCAUUCCCUAAUUCAUGGACAAACAUGUUGAUGGGAAACUGGGAAGCAGAAGAUCUUGCUUUCUUGGGAAGAGAGAGCAUAGCUACUUUGACUUCAAAAGAUUCAAAAGGAACGGAACCACAAUGCAUGGAUGAUUACAGAGGUCAAAGUGCAGAAAGUGCUUUUAUGGUCUCGGAAGAUGGAAGAUCCGGAUUUCAGACAUCAUUAGCUAAUCACACAGUUCUAAAAAAGGGCCUUGAGUUGCAAAAUGAUUCUCUAGAUGAGUCUUCUAACAGGAAUUUUCAACAUUCCAUGAAGCAUAUGAGCGAAAAGCAAGGUGCUUUGCAUGCUGAAGGCACACUUCUGACGGACCCAAGAAGACCUGCUGAAGCAUUCAGCAAACAGCCAAGUGAUAAUAGCAAAUGCACAGAAGUUGAAACUGAUAUGGGACAAAGACAAUCUUCUGACAAACUGUCCAGAAAGACCAGUAUCUCAACUUCAAAUAUAAGAAAGCAAAAGGCUGAGAAGGUAAAAGCUGAACCAUUUAAUUGGGAUACGUUGAGGAAACAGGUUCAAUCGAAGAAGGCUGGGACAAUAGGAAGAAGCAGAGAGGCCAUGGACUCUCUUGACUAUGAAGCAAUGCGAAAUGCUGAUGUUGGUGAGAUAUCGGAGACAAUCAAGGAAAGGGGUAUGAACAACAUGCUAGCAGAGAGAAUGAAGAACUUUCUUAAUCGUUUGGUUGAAGAUCAUGAAAGAAUUGACCUUGAGUGGUUGAGAGAUGUUGAACCAGACAGAGCCAAGGAUUAUCUAUUAAGUAUACGAGGACUAGGACUAAAAAGUGUGGAGUGCAUACGGCUUUUAACCCUUCAUCAUCUUGCUUUUCCUGUUGACACCAAUGUUGGGCGUAUUGCCGUUCGACUUGGGUGGGUUCCUCUACAACCCCUUCCUGAGUCACUCCAGUUGCAUCUCCUUGAACUUUAUCCAGUCCUGGAAUCAAUUCAGAAAUAUCUUUGGCCAAGACUCUGCAAGCUGGAUCAGGAAACACUGUAUGAGCUACACUAUCAAAUGAUAACAUUUGGAAAGGUUUUCUGCACAAAGAGAGAUCCAAACUGUAAUGCUUGUCCAUUGAGAGGAGAAUGUCGACAUUUUGCCAGUGCUUUUGCAAGUGCAAGACUUGCUCUUCCAGGGCCGCAAGAGAGGCAAAUAGUAAGUUCAGCUGCUCCAAAAGAUGCUACUAAUAGCAAUGACGUUAUAAUAAAGCAUAUGCCACUGCCUCCGUCUGAGGAUACCAUGGAUCAAGGAGUGAGGUUGUCAAGGGAUUGCGAACCGCUAAUAGAGGAACCAACAACCCCAGAGCCACCCAUAGAAGUGGAAGAAAGAGAUAUUGAGGAUGCAUUUUAUGAGGAUCCAGAUGAAAUCCCUGUCAUAAAGCUCAAUAUUGAAGAAUUCACUACAAACCUACAGAGCUUUAUACAAGGGCAAAUUGAAAUUGGCGAAGGUGAUAUGUCUAAAGCUCUAGUUGCGUUAAAUCCACAACUUGCUUCCAUACCAACACCGAAACUAAAACACAUCAGUCGACUGCGGACUGAGCACCAAGUCUACGAACUUCCAGAUUCACAUCCUCUACUCAAAGAGAUGGAUAGACGAGAACCUGAUGAUCCAAGUCCAUAUCUUCUGGCAAUAUGGACUCCAGGUGAGACAGCAGAUUCUGUUCAACCUCCAGAAAGUAAAUGUAGCUCCCUGGGAGGAGGUGGUCUGUGCAUCAACAUGGCUUGCUUUUCAUGCAAUAGCACAAGAGAAGCACAGUCUCAGACAGUAAGAGGCACAAUUCUGAUACCUUGCAGAACGGCAAUGAGAGGGAGCUUCCCACUCAAUGGCACAUAUUUCCAAGUCAAUGAGGUAUUUGCCGACCAUGAAUCCAGUUUGAACCCUAUAGAUGUGCCAAGAAGUCUGCUGUGGAACCUUCCGAAAAGGACCGUAUUCUUUGGGUCAUCUGUCUCAUCAAUUUUCAAAGGCCUGUCAACUGAAGAUAUACAGUACUGCUUUUGGAAAGGAUUAGUGUGCGUCAGAGGAUUCGACAAGAAAACUCGAGCACCACGACCUCUAAGGGCCAGAUUGCAUUUCCCAGCAAGUAAGACGGUCAAGAGAAAUGAGGAAACAUAGAGUAAAGCUGCAGGUAAAGCUGAAAGUUAGAAUUGAUAACGAGCACAUUCCCUCACCGAGAAGUAAAGAAACUACAGAAGUAGGAUAACGGUAGACGUGCUAACAAUUCUUUCACAUUCAUCUCUCCUCUCCUAUGAGCUGCCAAUAACCUAUUCUUUGAUUGGUUUCUUGGACCUUGCCACGUAACAAGUAAGUCUCCCUCUGCUGCUCAAUGUGACAGGCCAUUCGUUGAUAUGGAUGGCUCGUACGUUAUAGACAGCUGCAACUUUUUUCAUAGGUCGAUUAUGUUCAUAAUUUAUGCUCACAAAGUGAGCCUCUUGUCAAAUGGUGAAGAGGAAGAGCAGUGAAAUGAAUGUAGUUUACUGAUAUAUCAGAUGUUUAUGUGCAUCUGUCACAAAAUUCUCUCUGGUUGUAGGAAUCAAGAAAGAUACUAUUGAUGUGUACCGUUUCACAUAUGUUGUAAACAUUCUUUUUAUUCAGAGAAUAAUACAGAUUUAAAUUAUUGAUAAA